GCGCGCCGCGUCUAUAAGGCUUGGGCGGGCCCAGCCGCUGCCCGCAGAGCCGUCCCCGCCCGCGCCCAUACAGCCGUUCACCGGUGUCCGAAACCGCGUCGGCCCCGGGUCCCGGCCAUGGCGCUGAGCGAGCCCAUCCUGCCGUCCUUUUCCACUUUCGCCAGCCCGUGUCGCGAGCGCGGCCUGCAGGAGCGCUGGCCGCGCACAGAGCCCGAGUCAGGCGGCACCGACGACGACCUCAACAGUGUACUGGACUUCAUCCUGUCCAUGGGGCUAGACGCUCCCGGGCCCGGCCUUCACUACGCACCGCCCGCACCCGCCGCCUUCGGUCUCUUCGAUGACGCGGCGGCCGCUGCCGCCGCCGCAGCUCUGGGUUUGGCGCCGCCCGCCGCCCGAGGUCUCCUUACGCCGCCUGCGUCCCCGCUGGAGCUGCUGGAGGCCAAACCCAAGCGCGGCCGCCGCUCCUGGCCGCGCAAGCGCACCGCCACGCACACCUGCAGCUACGCCGGCUGCGGCAAGACCUACACCAAGAGCUCGCACCUCAAGGCGCACCUGCGCACUCACACAGGCGAGAAGCCCUACCACUGCAACUGGGACGGCUGCGGCUGGAAGUUUGCGCGCUCAGACGAACUUACGCGCCACUACCGCAAGCACACGGGCCACCGGCCAUUCCAGUGCCACCUGUGCGACCGUGCCUUCUCGCGUUCCGACCACCUGGCGCUACACAUGAAGCGGCACAUGUAGCCUGGACGCCCCCCCGCCCAUCCGCGCGCGGCCGUGGCGGGUCCCACGCGCCGGGCGCGGCCCCCUUCAAAACUGUGACUGGUAUUUAUUGGGCCUAAAGGACCGGGCCGGGCACAGCGUGGCCACCGAGGGGGCUCCCCCGACGACGACGACGCCCUGGCCCCCAUCAGAGACUGAAGGCCCGGUGGGAGAAGACCACGAUCCUCCUUGACGAGUUUUGUUUUCAAAAUGGUGCAAUAAUUAAGCGUCGUCUUUCCCCCACCGGGUCUACACUAGAGGAUCGAGGCUUGAUGCCUUGUGAAAAAAAUACAGCCUUAAUUUGUACUGUUUGCAACAUUUUUUAUAAUAUUGUACAUAGUGACUGUGACAGAUAUUGUAUUACUGUAAAUAAGGAGACAAGUGGGCAUUUUGGCUGCCUGGUUCGUUUUUAUAAGACUUUUGCUGUUUUUUUUAAUUAAAAAAAGUUUUUGCAUCUUUUUGAAAAAUCACA